AGUGAAGUCCCCAUCUAAGGCUCCAGAAAGCUCUCAGACUCGAAGACUGCGGUGGUUAGGAUGGCUUGUUGUUACAACAGUCCUCGGCGACUCGAAAAAUCUUUUGUUUUGGAUGGGGUAGCUGUGAGCACAAUGGCCCAGGCCUACAGCAUCAUGAGGCCCAAGCUGUGGUCUGCAAUUCCGCCUUAUAAUCCUCAACUGGACCACCACAGUCGUCGGUACUUCCGGAGCCGCGUGGUUCCGCCCAUUUUGCGGAAAACUGAUCAGGAUCAUGGUGGCACGGGAAGGGAUGGCUGGAUAGUGGAUUAUUUCCACAUUUUUGGUCAAGGACAGCGAUAUCUCAAUAGGAGGAACUGGGCAGGAGCAGGGCAUUCUCUCCAGCAGGUGAGUGGUCACGACUACUACAACUCCAACCCGAAGGCCAUCACUACGGGCUUAAAUGGCCGAUUCGGCUACCGCCGGAACACUCCAGCCCUCCGCCAGCACACAUCGGUGUUUGGAGAAGUCACACCAUUUCCCAUUUUCUGAAGACAUUGCGUCACAAGGCUUGACCUGCGUCUUCAAGACAGAUGUUUAGAUGAACUGUCAACGAUAUUCUAUAUUUUUAAAGAUUGCAUUCGUGUC